GGGAAAAUGUCAUUCACAAAAAGUCAAGCAAAAUGUCGACAUGAAUAUCUAUGUAAAAAAAUGGAUUUUAUAACAUUGAAUCAUAAACAUUAACCCCAGUACCCAUAGUAUGAAAGCAGUAUAGAUAUGAGUUCAAGAAAUAAAUAGCGAUAACUUGAAACGCAAUCAUGCAGUGCAACCGAUCCUUCUGCGGAAACGGUUUCACCAAUGUACCACAACUGCCUGUUUAUCGUUCACCUUCACAAUGUAAUCAAAACAUUUAUUCCGAAAUAGUAGGAGAAGGAGAAGUUACGUCGUUGACAUUACCAGAUGGAACAGUUCAGUUCUUCUUCAUGCCGACAGUCAAGUGGUGGUCCACCGGCCCAGUGCAAUGCCAAUCCACUUAUCCAACUUCAGUUAACCCUAUGUUUGCUAAUAUGAAUUAUAGCAAUCCUUGCAACAAUAAUUGGUGCAUCAGAGGUAUUCCUAAUCUGAAUGACCAACCUAAGUCCUGCUUUGCCUCCGAAUGUAAUAUGAAUAUCGUAAACACUGGAUAUCACGUUAAGUUUCAUAACGAUAACAGUUCAUCCACGACAGACCUGCACUACUUCUAUCCGAGCUUGCGACAAGGUGUGUUAAGGUCAUGUAAAGACGCCGCGGCUGUUCCGAUGAACACAGUGCCCGCCAAUAACACAAUAUGCCACUACGAAGUUGUAUGCAGCAAACCGUGCAACUGCUCCGCUCGGCCCAUGAGCUUAGAGUCUUUGGUAGACACAAAGUUGCCAGCCCAGAGUACUAGCGCUUCAACGAACUGUUCAAGUGAUGACCUAAUAAAGGAUAAGGACAUUAAACAAAAAAAACGAAAAGGAAAGAAAAAAAAAGGCAAAUCAAAUAACACCUGUGCUUGUGCUUGUGAAUCGAAAGACAAAUCUAAGAGUGAAGACAAAUCGAUCACAACAUAUACCGAUCAGUGCAUUAGCUGCACUCCGAAAGAUGGUCGCCAAACACAAACACGAAAAAAUGAGAAGACCAAUUGGUUUAAGUUUACCCGUAAGACAUCAGAUGAAAAACCUAAACAGGAAGCACAUAAAUUGUUAAUUACAGAUAGUAUCUAUCAGAGAUGUGACGGCAAUGAUGCGGAAGUAUGGAAACCAGUCACUCCCUUGAGCAAGAAAACAAUGGAAGAUAAAUGUUCAGAGAUCCUGCUAUUGAAAAGCAGUUGCUGCAGUACCUGUUGUAGCUCUUGCAGCAAUUCAUGUGUGAAUAAAUAA